AUGCCAGUACCACUGCCAGCGCUGAUGCCUGCGCCAGUAGCACUGCUGUGGCAACUAUUGGGUGUUGCAGCCGAUACCUGCCAGCAACUGAAUACCACCGCAAACAUCAGCUGCCACGAAUUGGACACACAUUCCACCAUCGUUUUCAACAAUGAGGAUCACUUCAAGAUCUACGUUUCAUUGGACUAUCAAAGCUUUACCAUUUCUUGUCUAGGCACAGUCGAGGAUAUGUUGGAAAUCAGCGCCAAUCUGCCCGAAGUGGAGUUGGGGCGCUUGAAUGACAUUACAAUCGACGGAUGCAUACCGUUUCAGGAUAUAUUCGAAAGGCUCAACAUCAGCAUUGGUGGAACGGUGAAGUUGCAACGUGGCGUAACCAGCGUACCGCUCAAUCGCAGCCACCUCGCCAGCCUAACCGGACUCUCUGCUUUCAUGCUCAGUGGCUUUGGUCUAUUGGAUGUGGAUGUGCUUGCCGAUAUGCAGAACCUGGAAACGUUGGAGUUGACACGAUUCGAAGCACCGUUGCCAGGUGAUCUACUCAAGCCGAUCAGCGCACGCUUAUCACAACUACAUUUGCGUGAGAAUCGCAUGCAAACGCCACCAGCCGGACUGUUUGCGCCAUUGCAACGUCUUGAAGCGCUCGAUCUAAGCUACAAUGAAUUGAGCACAAUACCCUCUGGUACAUUUGCGCAACUUCACAAUCUUACCGAAUUGGAUUUGAGCAACAAUCAACUCGCCCACCUGCCUGUCGAUGUCUUCCAGUCGUUGCACAAACUCACGCUGCUCUAUCUCUCCAAUAAUCGUCUGAAGCAAUUGGAGCUCGGCACCUUUGCACCGCUCAGUAAUUUGCAACAUCUCGAAAUGGAAAAUAAUGCACUUGACCUGAGUGCAUCGGUGGCCUGCUCCAUCUUCGAUGGUCUCACCAAGUUGGAGUACUUGGAGUUGAGCAACAAUUCGCUUAGCGUUUACUGCUUGCCUCAUCACAUGGGUUCGGUGCGCGUUAAGCUGGCGGAUAAUCGAAUAAGCGCGCUGCUAGUGCAAGCAGGCGAGAUUCAGCCGCGUCAGUUGGCCAACUUGAAUGUGCGUAAAAAUCGGCUGCAGUAUUUGAGCUACGAGGUCUUGCAAUAUUUGCACGAUUCUUUGGCGGAGCUAUCACUAGCGCACAAUCCGUGGCAGUGCGAUUGUGAGUCGGUGCUUUGGUUAAAUUUCAUCAAAUUGAAUAAUAAACGUGUCGCAGACUUGAAGGAGUUGAGCUGCGCUAAUGGCAAGUCGGUGGGACAAGUGACUCAACUGACCUCCAGCGAUGUGUGUAAAAAUUCAGUGCCGCACUGGUAUUAUAUAUGUGGGGCCGCGGCACUAGCGUUAUUGGCUUUGGCUGUGGCAGUGUUGAUAGUGGGUUUGCGAAGGAAAGGACAGCGCAGCGCAAAGGAUGUAGAAGCGUAG